AUGGAGACUGAUAACACAACCAUAGACCAUUCAUCUGGCCGGGAGGUGGCUCUCAAACACAUCCGCACAUUCUCCUUGGUCAUCUACUGUGUGAUUACUGUGGUUGGGACUGUAGGCAACGGUCUGGUCAUCUAUGUGACGGGCUUCAAAAUGAAGAAAACUGUUAACUCUGUGUGGUUUUUCAACUUGGCUCUGGCGGACUUCCUAUUCACGGCCUUCUUGAUUUUUUCAACGGUCUCUCUCUAUCAGGAGCUACACUGGCCCUUUGGAAACUUCAUGUGCAAACUCAACAACUUUGUGAGCUUAGUCAACAUGUUUGCCAGCGUCUUUUUUCUGACAGCCAUAAAUCUGGAUCGGUGCAUAUCCACCUUGGUGGUGGUGUGGGCACAAAACAACCGCACCGUCUGUAAAGCUCAAGUGAUAAGUGCUGUAAUCUGGUUAGCUGCUGGGACCUGCAGCACACCUUACACCUACUUUCGUACCACAAUACUAGAGGGAAAUAGUACCUUCUGCAAAUACUCUCCUACCGUGACAAAAGAACUAAAAUGGAGUCUGUAUACUUUCCGCUUUGUUGUGGGCUUCCUCAUCCCAUUCCUGGCCAUGCUGUUCUCUUAUGUAGCCAUAGGUAUUCGUUCUAGGCAGCUACAAAUGUUGAGGAAACAGAUAUCCCACCGUGUAAUUUUUAUCAUUGUUGUUGCAUUCUUCAUCUGCUGGUUGCCCUUUCAUGUUUUAAGUUUUGUGGAAUUAACCUUCAGUGAAAAGAUUGGUCAGAUUGGAGGUCCUCUGACUAUGAGUCUAGCUUUCAUGAACAGCUGCCUUAACCCGAUCCUUUAUGUUUUUAUCCGAGUUGACUUUCAAAACAAGCUUCAGUCCCUGUGCUUUGUUGUAGAACAUGCUCUGACAGAAGACCACUUGCCAUUUACAUCCUCUCGUUUUGUGCCAUCACAGUUUCCUCGGGUUGCAAGAAGAUCGGAGUCCACCGCUAAUGCCUAGUGGAAUUAUGUAGGUGUUUCCAAAAUCUCUACAGUGAUUAAAGUGAGCGGAAAUGCAGCAAAGACCCUUUAAUCAUUUUUUCCAAACAAAUCUACA